UGACGUUUGUAAUAAAGAAUAAACUAACCACUAUCGUAAUUGUCAGAUCCCUUUCCCAUUUAUAGUUACUUUUUCCACAAUCUUGAUUUCACAUCACCUGACAAAUUUGGCAUCUUAAUUUACUUCCACUUUUUGAUGUUUUGAAACGCUUGGGGUUGCAAUUGAAAUCUUAUGAGCAAUCCUUGUUCUUAUCGUGGCCACAACAGUCAUGGUUUAUCACUCUAGUUUUGUGAAUGAGGAUGGGGUGAGUAGAGCUUGUGGGUGUCCUCUUCUUCCUCUCAAGAGCCACAUCAAGGGACCUGCUCCUGUUUCGGGUCAAGAUACAGUUGAUAUCGUGGAUGAAGCCAUCACCUUCUUUCGAGCCAAUGUGUUCUUCAGAAACUUUGACAUCAAGAGCCCUGCUGAUAAGCUUCUCAUAUACUUGACCUCUUACAUCAACAUCGCUCUCAAGAGGCUUGAAGGUUGCAGAACCUUGGCUGAAGGAACCAAGGCAAUCAUCAACUUGGGUCUCGAAAAGGUUCCUGUCCCUGGAGAGUCUGGCUUUCCAUUUCCGGGCCUUUUCCCCCUUCCUCAAUCACAGGACGAAGCAGAAUUGUUCAAAAAUUAUUUGAAGCAGAUAAGGGAAGAAACAAGUGGGAGGAUAUUAAGCGUUGCGUACAGACCAAAUGGCACUCCAAAUAAAUGGUGGUUGGCAUUUGCAAAGAGGAAAUUUAUGAAUAUAAUCAUUCCUUGAACUGUUGGCGGUCAUGCAAUUCUUAAACCAUAGGUUGUGCUGUGAAAAAUGCACUUAAAAAAUACAGUUGAUCUGAUAAUAAAAAAAUAUAGUGAUUAUUGAAAGGCGUGUCGUUAGUUGUCUGGUUUGAAACUUCCAUCUUUAUUUGAUUAUAUUCAAACUACUGUUUUCUUGGUA